UCAUUACAGCCGAAAACCGAAAUUUCACAAUAGCGCACCGCAAAAACUAAGAGGGAUUGAUUUGUUUUUAAAACCAUUUUUACGGCAACAUAUUGAAUCAACAUUGUGCUAUGUGAGGCAUUAAACUGCGUAACAGUGCAAUAACUAAAUAAUUGGUACAAAAUUCACACAGUUUAGAAAUUAACAUUGCCGCCGCCAACGAAUUUGUUGCGUUCUCAUCGUUAUUUAACCCAAAAAGAGAAGAGGAGACAGUUUACACCCCGCCGCCUCCCACAACAACGACAUGGCAAUCCGGCUAAUAAGCUCGGGAAAGGCAAUGAAAAGCCUGUUGAGACGCAGCUAUAUGAAAGGACCGCUGACGGAAACGGUGCAGCGUGCUCCAGCUGCAGCAGAGUUGACGCCAAUGUUGCGCUACUUUGUGGAACAGUUUCAGUUGUUUUGCAAAAAGCCACCCAAGGGCUUUGAAAAGUAUUUUGAGGCAGGCGGCAAAUCAACGGCUCCCAAAGGCGAGAAACCCACAGCAGGCAGCAAGUCAUCCUCCUCUUCCUCAUCAUCUUCGUCUAGCAGUAAACCCAAAACACCCGCCGCCAAACCAAGCGCCGCCUCCGAAUCCAAGUCGGAUUGGAACUUCGGCAUGUUCAGCAAUAGUUCACGUGGCCCCGCGGCACGUGGUCCCGGCAAUCAGGGUGGACGUCCCUUGGGCGAAGGAGGCGGCAGUGAUCGCGAGCGUUGGAUUCUGUUGGGCGCCAUUGGAGCUGUGGUGCUUGUGGGAUCAUUUGCCUUCUUCGAGAUGGGCUACAAGGAAAUCUCCUGGAAGGAGUUUGUCAACAGCUACUUGAACAAAGGUCUUGUGGAGAAGUUGGAGGUGGUCAACAAGAAGUGGGUGCGUGUGCGUCUCCAGGCGAGUCAUGGCGGCAGCGGUGUCCUGUGGUUCAACAUUGGCAGCGUCGAUUCGUUUGAGCGUAAUUUGGAGACAGCACAAACCGAGCAGGGCGUGGAGUCCAUUAACUUUGUGCCCGUCAUUUAUCGCAACGAGGUGGAGGCAUCGAGUUUGACGGGUCUGCUGCCCACGUUGCUCAUCAUUGGUUUCUUGGUCUAUAUGAUGCGCAAAUCGGCAGACAUGAUGGGCGGUGGCAGAGGACGUAAAGGUGGCGGUCUCUUUGGCGGCGUCAUGCAGUCGACAGCGAAGCUCAUCAAUCCCACAGAGAUUGGCGUUGGAUUCAAGGACGUUGCUGGUUGCGAGGAGGCCAAGAUUGAGAUCAUGGAGUUUGUCAACUUUCUGAAGAAUCCACAACAGUAUAUCGAUCUGGGCGCCAAGAUACCCAAGGGAGCCAUGUUAACCGGUCCACCCGGUACCGGUAAAACGCUGCUGGCCAAGGCGACAGCUGGCGAAGCGAAUGUGCCUUUCAUAACCGUCUCCGGCUCGGAGUUCCUCGAGAUGUUUGUGGGCGUGGGACCGUCGCGAGUGCGCGACAUGUUCGCCAUGGCACGCAAACAUGCGCCAUGCAUUUUGUUCAUUGACGAAAUCGAUGCGGUGGGCAGAAAACGUGGUGGCAAAACGUUUGGCGGUCACUCGGAGCAGGAGAACACAUUGAAUCAGCUGCUCGUCGAAAUGGAUGGCUUCAAUACCACAACGAAUGUGGUGGUGCUGGCUGCCACCAAUCGUGUGGACAUCCUCGACAAGGCGCUCAUGCGUCCCGGUCGCUUCGAUCGACAGAUCUACGUGCCUGCUCCGGACAUCAAGGGACGCGCGAGCAUCUUCAAAGUGCAUUUGGGUGCACUGAAAACGGACCUCGACAAGAUUAGUUUAAGCAGAAAAAUGGCCGCAUUGACGCCAGGUUUUACGGGCGCCGACAUUGCCAACGUGUGCAAUGAAGCUGCCUUGAUUGCGGCACGUGACUCCAAGGACACCAUUGUCCUCAAGCACUUUGAGCAGGCCAUCGAGCGUGUGAUUGCGGGCAUGGAGAAGAAAACAAAUGUGCUGGCGCCGGAGGAGAAGCGUACGGUGGCGCAUCAUGAGGCUGGACAUGCGGUGGCCGGUUGGUUCUUGGAACAUGCGGAUCCCCUGCUCAAGGUAUCGAUUAUACCGCGCGGCAAGGGUUUGGGCUAUGCACAAUAUUUGCCAAAGGAUCAUUACCUGCUCUCGAAGGAGCAGCUAUUCGAUCGCAUGUGCAUGACACUGGGCGGUCGCGUGGCCGAGGAAUUGUUCUUCAACCGCAUCACCACGGGUGCACAGGAUGAUCUUAAGAAGAUCACAGACAUUGCCUACUCCCAGGUGGUGCGUUUCGGCAUGAACGAGAAGGUCGGACAAGUCAGCUUCGAUGUUGGUGGCGCCGGGGAACCGAUGUUCAGCAAACCCUAUUCGGAGGACACGGCAAUGUUGAUUGAUGGCGAGGUGCGCGACAUUAUCAAGUGUGCGCACACUACGACAACGGAUCUGCUGGUCAAGCACAAGGAGGAUGUGCGUCGUGUGGCCGAACGUUUGCUGCAGAACGAGGUGCUGAGUCGUGACGACAUGAUUGAGUUGCUCGGCCCGCGUCCGUUCAAGGAGAAGUCAACGUACGAGGAGUUUGUGGAGGGCACCGGCUCCUUUGAGGAGGACACUACGCUGCCCGAGGGUCUGAAGAGCUGGAACAAGGAGAAGGAUGAGCCAACGUCGACGGACACAACAGACUCGACGCCGCCGUCGCCACCCACAAAACCCGUGACGGCGUAGAAUUCGUUGAAGUAUUUCUCAAAGGGUUCUACAUUGUUGUUGCUUUUCCUGUAGUCCUAGUCGCUAAUAGUAAAUGUUGUUUGGACUCCAUUCGACUAGAGUCGCUAAAUUCAUCAUGUUCAUAAGAAUACACGACAAAUUAUUGCAGAAACGAAACCCAAUUUCCUUUUUACCUUACAAUUCUUCAAAGAAACGAAACCAAAACUUUUCAAAAUGGGUUUUUUGUAUGGCGAGUUCUUUCAGAUUUUUGUUCCGUUCCCAUUCUGGCUUAAAUUUGCCGUGUUCACUUACAAAAAUAAUAUAAAAAUAAGAAAAACAUUGUAAAAUGCAAAUAAAACACAUUUUUCGAAGAAUGUAACGUAAGAAAACAGUGUUGCGAAAUGUUUAUAAUGCAAAUAUAUUGGGAUUUUUAACA